AUGCAGGUUAAGGACGUGGUUAUUAAUAUUGACGAAAACCGUGAAAUGUCUGAAAUCCAAGGGGAGAAUGUUCAAACAAGCUUUGUUGGAGAGUCCAGCUCUAAUGCCCAAUCAUCUCUCAAAGAUGAGAAUCACUCAAGUGAAAUAUCUGAAAUCAAAGGGGAGACCGUUCAAACAAGCUUUUUUGGAGAGUCCAGCUCUAAUGCUCAAUCAUCUUUCAUAAAUGAGAAUCACUCAAGUAUGUAUAAGAAAAGAAAAUUUAGUCUUUUGAUUUUAUUUGGAAGGCUAGAUUUGAUUCUUAUACCUGCUUUAUUAUUAACCUUGACUUUUCGGUAUUUGAGGAAUAUGAAUUUAUGGGAAGUUAGACUUUGGAAAUAUGAAGUCCUGAUUCUUUUUCUAGUCUCUGGUAGCUUCUUAGCGCAUUGUAUUAUUAGGAUUAUCAUUGUGUUUUUUAUUAAAAGAAAAUUUCAUUUGGAGAUCAAACUUGUUUACUAUGUAUAUACUUUGAAGAAAACAAUUCAAAAAUUUUUGUGGUUGCUACUUUUAGCAUGGUCUUUGUGGUUCUAUAAGCCUCUUCACAGGGAGGUGAUCUGCGUUUUAAUGCUAUACAUGGAGAAAGCUUUGUUCAGCAGUUUAUUUCUGGCUCCUGCAUUAUGGCUCUUCAAAACCCUAAUUGCUGAAAUUUUAACCACUCAUUUUUAUGCGACAGCAUAUUGCGGUAAGAUUGAAGAGUCGUUCGUCAAUCACUCAUUGAUUAAUAUGCUUUCUGGACCACAUAUGGUCGAACUUCGAAGGGCUAAAGCACAAGAGGAUGAAAGGCUGGCUGCUCCUAACUUUUCUACCAUCAUAAUUGAAAGGUCAAGGAGUGAGAUUGAAUAUGGUGGUAGACUAACUCUCAAUCUUUUGCAUAAGCUGAAUCCAAAAUUUGUGUCGUCUUUGGAAAUGAAUAGCUUCAUGAAAACAUUUACCUACAGGGCAUUUGAUUUGGAAGACGACCAUUCUGCACUAGCUUCAACUGAAAAGGAGACUAAAGCAGCAACCGAACAAAUAUUCAGAAAUCUUGAUUUAUGUGGUUCUAGGUCUAUAGAAAUUGAGGACUUGAUGUCUUUCAUGAUUGAAACUGAAGCUGCUCAAAUUGUAAAUCACUUUAAAAGAGGAUCAGAUUCUGGAAAAGUAAGUCAAACUGCCUUGAAGGACUGGAUUCUGAGUGUGUUCAGGGAGAGAAUAACACUUAGUUUAAGAAUAAAUGAUACCAAAUCACCGGUCCCAAAGUUAUACAACUUCUUGAACUUCUUAGUUGUCCUUCUCAUUUCUGUUAUAUCGAUUUUGAUUUUGGAAAUGGUCACUAUCAAGUUACUUGGCUUUGUUUUUGCGUCACAGUUCGUGUUCGCUUCAUUGAUAUUCGGAAGCUCAUUGAAAACUGUUUUUGAAGGAAUAUUUUUUGUUUUUAUAAUGCAUUACUAUGACGUAGGAGACAAAUGUGUGAUCGACGACAUUGUAAUGACCGUGGAGAAGAUCAACAUACUGACUACCGUGUUUAUACGGUUCGAUAAAAAACGGAUAAACAUGCCCAACAGUGUGCUUCACAAGAAAAAAAUACGUAAUUGCAAUCGUUGUACUAACAUGGAAAAAGCUUUGCAAUUCUGUAUUCACAUAGCAACUCAAAAUGAAAAAGUUUUCCUCAUGAAACAGAGAAUAAAAGACUUCAUGGAAGGAAAGCUAGAGUAUUGGCAUCCUUCACCUACUAUAAAGUUGUAUGAUAAUCAAAUGUUGGACAUGGUAAAAGUGGUUGUGUGGCCAACUUUCAGAAAUAACAUACAAAACAUGGAAGACAGGUGCAUCAUGAGGUCUUUGUUGAUUGAAGAGUUGAUGAUGAUCUUUAGGUAUCUUGAAAUUGUUUACUGGAUGCCCCUAAACUUCAAAGCUUUUCCUAUUACUCAAGAUUGUCUCCCAGUUAGUUUUUGGACAACAACUACAAAGUAG